UGUCCCGGUUCUCCAGUCCCAGACUGACGCCCAGGCUGAGCAGGAAGAGGGCUCUGUCCAUCUCGCCGCUGUCGGACGCCAGCAUCGACCUCCAGACGAUGAUCCGCACCUCGCCCAACUCGCUGGUCGCCUACAUCAACAACUCACGGUCCAGCUCGGCCGCCAGCAGCUCGUACGGACACCUGUCUGUGGGAGGACUCAGUCCGUCCUUCCCCUUCCCUCACCCCAUCAACCCCGUGGCGUACCAGCAGCUCCUCUCCCAGCAGCGGGGGCUCAGCGCCUUCGGACACACUCCGCCUCUCAUCCAGCCGCCGCCCACCUUCUCCAGCCGCCAGCCGGGCCUCGGCCUCUCCUCGCUGCCCGCCUCCGCCCACAACAGCGACCUGCCGUCCAAGAACCACAGUGGUGACUCGGCAGUCAGCAGCACGGUCGACCCCAUGAUCACCAAAAGGUCAAAGGUCAAGACUGAAGCAGAGGGACUGAGGCCGAUGUCUCCCUGUUCACCGAAUCAUCACGGCAGCUUGUUGGACCUGAAGGACGACGUGGACCGGGACGAGUGUAAGCAGGAGCCCGAGGCCGUUUACGAGACCAACUGUCACUGGGAGGGCUGCAGCAAAGAGUACGACACGCAAGACCAGCUGGUCCAUCACAUCAAUAACGACCACAUCCACGGAGAGAAGAAGGAGUUUGUGUGCCGCUGGGACGAGUGUUCGCGGGAGCAGAAGCCCUUCAAAGCUCAGUACAUGCUGGUGGUUCACAUGCGCCGACACACAGGGGAGAAACCACACAAGUGCACG